UUCCUAUGUCCUUGAUAUCUCUUUCUUCUUGUUAUAUUCAUAAUUUAUAAAAUGAAAAAUUGUUCUGUGUAGAAAAGGCCGAUAAGCCUUCCGAUCCAAUUUAAUUAUUACUAUUAUGCAUGAUUUAUGAGCAAAGAUUUUAUGUUGCAGAUGAGGUUAAAUAUACCAAAAGUUAUUUUUCUACAAGUGAACAUUCUCUGGUUAGCAUAUACGAUAAACGGGUAUAUGAUAAAGAAAUUAUCCCUUCAUACGACAGGAAAACGGCGCCGGAAUUAAGUUCUACUGAUGUAUCUAAACCCACGUCUAUUGUUACUGGUGAAAAGUUUAAUUUUAUGAAAGAAGAAUAUUCAACAACAAUGGGCGACCUUCAAUCAUCAACAUCUCUUCAGGAUUCAGUAGCUUCAGAGACUACGUUACUUACAUCUGAUGAUGUUACUGAAGAUAUGUUACAUCUAUCAACUGUUAAAUCGAAUGAUUCUUUCGUUACCAUGAAGAAUCAAACAGGAUUAUUAUUGACAACUGAAAGUAUAGAAAAUUCAAUAGAAAAUAUACUUUUCUCAAAUGUUUCUGACGCACAAGAAGAUAAUGAUACUUCAACUGAUUUUAAUCACUUAGAAUAUUUCACUGGAGAAACUGAAUCUAUUGAAUCUACAACACAAAUUUAUUCAAAUAUUAAUUCUACAGUUUAUUCUGAUGAAAUAACUUUUACUACAGAAUUUCCUCAUUACAAUACGGAUCAUGUGAGCGUUACUGAUUUAUCAAGCGAUUUUCCGUCACUUGUAAAUGAUGAGGAUAAUUUUGAUUUAGAUGGAACACAAUCAGCUUUAUUUUCUUCUCUUUCUACAUCUGAUUCAGUUACGAUAGGAGUUUCUGAAGAAACUUUUACAUCUUAUGCAAGUGAGGAUUUAGAUACAAGCGAAGCUCCUAUAAGUACUUCUUUAUCAACUAACGAAGAAACUAUUUCGAGUAUUCAAGAAAAUGAGCCUAAUUUAACAAUCGUAAUGAAUUUUGAAUCAUCUACAAGUAAAAGUUAUGAUUCACUUACGCAAUCAGAAUUAUUAACAACUGAAUUAUACAAAAAUACAACGGAUUUGGAGCAAACUACAUCGUAUGUUGCAGAGACGAGACCUAUAUCUUCCACAGAAUCUUUUGAUGUUAAAUCAGAAUUAAAUUCUAACAGAGUUACUACUCCUUACGAUCCUAUUGUUUCGUGGCUAACGACAGAAAAUAAUACUAGAUAUUUUUCCACAAGUAAUGAGCCAAACUUUCUUACAGUGACGGAAAAAACUACUACGGAAACAAUAGCAGUUCCUAUAGACAACACGGAAAACGCUUCGGAAAAACCCUUCGUAGCAUCGACAAAUAUGCCAUUUCGAAAGACUACUCUGAAGGCAUCCACAAUUACAAAUCUUGCGACAAAUUCUACCUUUUCUGAGUUUUAUCAAAAUGAUUCAACGAGCAAUUUUAUAGAAACUUUAACAUCAAAAGAAGAUUUAUCGACAAGUUAUAAUUUCCGAUUAGAUUCUUCUUCCGAAGCUACUUCUAAAACAGAUCUAUCUACAGCUAAAUUUUCAACUUUGAUUAAUGAAGAUAAAGCUGUAUCUCCGAAUAUUAAAACCGUAAAACAUUCAGCUAAUUAUCCAAUAAAUUCGGUAGAUACAAAAACUCCAGUUAUAAAUUAUACAAACAAACCUUUUACUAGAAAAUCAACGAAUACGGAUUCAACUAAGAUGAAUUCUCUAGGCCUUUCAACGUUUGAAACUACACAGUUAGAAACUGCUAUACCGACUGAUGCAUCGAUAAAUAAUACAACUCCCAUUAUCUUUUUUCCUUCGUUUUAUAUAACUAGAGCUAUGCUUACUGGUACUACUACCGUUACUCCUAAAAUUACUAAGGCUGCUUCGACUGAAACAGUUAGCACAGUUCCUUCUGAAACAAUUAAUACGUUUUCAUCUGUAAGGAGUAAUAUUCCUUCAUCUUCAACAAUUUCUCUUGAAACACUGACUGCUAUCCCUGAUAUAUCUGAAAAAACAACAGAAUCUGUUUCGACGGAAAGAAUCGAUUCUUUCACUUCUGAAAUGAUUAAUAUAACUCCCUCUGAAAAAAUUAGCACGCUUUCUUCUGAAACAUUUAAAGGAUCAGUUUCUUCGGAAGCUAUUCCCCAAAUAAUCAAAACUACGACUGCUGUUACUCCUAAAAAAUUGAGUACAAUCACUUCUGAAUCAACUAAUACAUUACCAUCAUUUCCUUAUAUUACAAACGAAGCUAUUUCUACUUCUGCCGAGAUAAUGAGUACCACUCCUAAUUGGUAUCGAACAAAGUCUACUUCAAAAGAAACUAAUUCACUUCCUACUCCAAUGUUUAGAACUACUUCUAAAGCAGCUGCUACAGUAUCACCUGAGAUAAUUAGUACAUCAGAUACUUCUUCUAUCAUCAAUCAGACAACUUCUGAAAUGAUUAGCAGUGUUCCUUCUAAAAUAAUUAGCACAAUUUCUACGGAGGUAAUUACUGAAACUCCUGCUGAUGUUAAUGAUAUAAGAAAAACAACCCCUACCGAUUCCAUUGUUUCUUCCGAAGUAUCACAUACUGAUGAGACAACUAAUACUAUUAAAUCUACUACUCCAUACCAAACAAUUAAUUCUCUUUCUUCUGAAACGGAUGCUACUCAUUUUAUUUCUAGAGUAUCCAGUAUUCUCUCUUCUACCGCAAAUAUAAAAGAUGAAAAUAAUAACGAAAUUCCAACACAGAGUAAAUCUGAAAUAACUCCUGAGUAUCGCGAAACUAAUGCCUUAGAACUGGAUAAAACAACUCAAUUUUUAAGUAAACCCACUUUAAUAACUAAAUUGUUUACUUCAACGAAAGCUUCUUUCAAUUCGCCUUCAACAAAAUCGUUUACGAUUAAAAGUAUAUCAAGUUUAUUCACAAAGGAAACUACAAUUCGCUCGAUUGCAACUAAAAUAAUCGACACAACCGAAUCGUUAAAACAAUCUACUACGGAAACAACAACGAGAAAAAUAGAAAACAUCAUUUCAAGUACGAGUAAAUUACCGAAGAAUCCUUCUACAGAAACAACAACUUUUAAAAUCUGGAAACAUAGUUUAACUGUUCCUUCGAAAGAUGAAAUUAGAACUUCAAACACUCCAUAUUUAUUGGAGACUUCAAGCGUUACUUCUGUGCCAUACGUCGAGAUUCCUAUGUGGUUCAGAAUUGAUGCCGAUUUUAAGGAAGUCGUAGGAAACAGAGAAGAAGAAUUAAAGAAAUCAUUUAAGUCGCAACUUUCUAAAAUAAUGCGCUUACCUCCUACCUCUAUUCAAAAUUUAACCCUCUCGGAAGGGAGCAUCGAAGUAAGCUUUCAAUUAGUACCAAGUAAGGGUAAUGGUUACACAGUAGACGAAGAAGUUCUGCGAGCCGCAUCCGAAGAUUUAAAGAGAUUAAUUAAUAGUAAUCAAUUAAAACUGAAAGAUCUUGAUGGAAAAACAUUAAUUGUAGUGGCUCAAAAUCCCAUUACUACACCCUCUCCAGUGGCACCACCCGAUAACACAGCGACUAUAUUAGGAAUCGUCUUAGCAAUUGUGCUGCUGAUCGCUAUCAUAACGUUCACAGCCAUCAUGACAAAGUACAGAGGAACUCAAAAAUUAUCACCGUUGGAAGAUACAAAAAAUCCGAUUCCUUCUUAUCGGAAAAUUCCUUACGAAAAUUUACUAUGGGCGAUAUCUACCUCUAAAUCGAAUCAGCCUACUGGCAAAUUCGAUUACGACAGUGGACUCUGGAUAGGACCGGGUUCACCACCAGUUUUCCAUGCACCCGAAAUUGCCAAAUAUAAUCCUCCAAGUAAAGCCGAAAUUCGGAAAUCCAUUCGGCCUUCCACUUCAGUUAGACGUAAGUUGAAAGAAGACUGGCACAUCGACGAUCGAACAUUAUUCUGUGGGAGGUAAUGGAGGAAAUUCUGUAGAAGUUAGUCAUUUGUUUGCAGUUUAUACAAAUAUGGGAAAGAUAUCAAAUGUAAACAAGUCUCUUCUAGCAUCGUAGCGUGAAAAUAAUUACCAUAUGCGCUUAAUAAUGGCGUAAUAUAAAAAAAAAAAAUACAAAUAUAAGAAACAUGAUAUCGAGUGCCAAAA